GGCCACACCCAUCUACCUCAGCAGCUCAGCAGGCUUCAGCUCCACUGUACUGUACUGUACUACUCUAUACUGUACUAAGUGCUACAGACUAAGACUAGUCUACUGUCAGUGUGUGUACACCAGCCAGCAGGUUCCAACAGGAGAUCUGAGGACCCCCCUACUGCAGCAGCCGUAACCUACCCCCCCCAUACUGCAGCAGCAGCCGUGAUGUUGAGCUCAGACCAAGGAGACACUAGUAGCAGUGAUAUUGAUGCUGCUCUCUCACCUCCUGCAAAGAGACGGAAGCAGAUCAGAGUCUGGGUGGAUGGAUGCUUUGACAUAAUUCACUAUGGUCAUGCCAAUGCUAUGAGACAGGCCAAGAAGCUUGGUGAUUACCUGGUAGUGGGUGUUCACUCUGAUGCUGAGAUCACCAAGAAUAAAGGACCACCGGUUAUGAAGGAGCAAGAACGGUACAAGCUGGUGAGAGCUAUCAAGUGGGUGGACGAGGUGGUGGAGGACGCCCCUUACUGUUGCACGCUGGAGUCAUUGGACCAGUACAACUGUGACUUCUGUGCUCACGGAGAUGACAUUAGCUCCACUUCUGAUGGUACUGAUGCCUACCACAUUGUCAAGAAAGCAGGGAGAUACAAGGAGUACAAGCGUACUGCCGGUGUCUCAACAACAGAUCUGGUUGGACGGAUGCUGCUCAUGACAAAGGGCCACUUUGGAGUGAAAACAGACAGUUCUGAAAGUGUCGGGAUGGAUACGAAACAGAUUACCAAACUCCAUCAAGACCAGACAGUUCACAGUCCCUACACUACUGGAGUGAGGUUCCUCGCUACCUCUAAGAAGAUCGUGCAGUUCCAGGAGGGGAUGGUGAACGAACCCGGGCCUGAUGACACAAUAGUGUAUGUGCCUGGGGCCUUUGAUCUGUUCCACGUUGGUCAUGUUGACUUGCUGGAGAAGUGUAAGGAGUUAGGCACCUUUAUCAUAGUGGGUCUCCAUAACGACUGGGAGGUCAACAGGUACAAGGGGAAGAACUUUCCCAUUAAGAACCUUCAAGAGAGGGUGCUCUCCUUGCUGGCAUGUAGGUAUGUAUCGGAUGUGAUCAUCGAUGCUCCCUACUCCAUCAGUGCAAAGCUAUUAGACCAGUUCAAGGUUGACUACGUUGUUCACGGCAGUACGAGCAUCUUCCCUGCUCUUGAUGGCUCUGAUCCCUACCAGGUUGCCAAGGACAGAGGAAUAUAUCGGAAGGUGGAGAGUGGCAGUAGCAUUACAACUGACAUCAUUGUUCAGAGGGUUAUACAAAACAGGCAGUCUUACAAUAGACGCAAUUCAACUAAAGAGCAGCGAGAGGUGCUCAUCCACAAGGAGGAAAUGAAGAGGAGACAAUCGGAAAACACAGACGGUGCAACUCCAACAUAGUACACACUUUUUAAAAGAGAAAUAUUUAACAAUUUUAUUAGCAGUGCUAGCUUUUAUGAAGCUUUAUAAUUAUAAUUAUAUUGAUGAUGUAACCUCUAUCCUUCAAUUGAUAUUUCACUUGUGAAUACAAA